AUGUUUAAGCGAGGUGACAUAAUGAUCGGGGGGAUUUUUCCAGUUUUCAACAAAGAAAUAACAAGCACUGAUUCAUUUAAGAUGGAGCCUCUUGACGUAAUGUGUGAAGGAUUUGAUCUGCGUGCUUUUCGAUGGACCCAAGUGAUGAUAUUUGCAAUUGACGAGAUCAACAAAGAUCCUGCUCUCCUUCCACACAUUUCUCUUGGCUACCGGAUCCUUGACUCGUGUGCCUCUCCUACUAACACCGUGCGUGCUGCUUUAACACUGGGAAGUGAAACAGAUGGCAUGGAGGCGACUUCCCCUUGUCCUCCAGCAAUAUCUGCCCUUAUUGCAGAGUCGGGAUCAUCUCAGUCCUUAGCUGUUACUGAAACUCUUGGACCAUUUCAAGUGCCAGUGGUGAGUUACUUCUCAACAUGUGCCUGUCUCAGUAACAGAGCUAAAUAUCCAACUUUUUUCCGAACAAUUCCCAGCGACUACUUCCAGGCCAAAGCCUUGGCAGCUCUGGUCAAGCACUUUGGUUGGGAGUGGAUUGGAGCCAUACAGUCAGACAACGACUAUGGACGAAAUGGGGUUCUUGCGUUCGCCGAGGAGGUUAAAAAACUAAAGAUUUGCAUCGCCUUCAUCGGUACGGUUCUUCGAACUUAUCCGCUGGAUAAAAUUCUGAAAGUUGUAGAAAUGAUCAAACAGUCAACCGUCAAAGUCAUUCUGGCUUUUGUUCCUGAGGGUGACUUUUACCCUUUGAUGAGAGAGAUAGUGAAGCAGAACAUCACAGGAAUCCAGUGGAUUGCCAGUGAAGCAUGGAUAACAGCUGCACGGCCCUCCACACCUGAAAUGUACCAAGCUUUCGGCGGAGCAUUGGGAUUUGUCGUUCAGAAGAUGAACAUCCCAAAUCUAUAUCCAUUUCUUAUGAAUAUUAACCCUUACAGAGAUCCAACUAAAAUAUGCGCAGGCAAUGAGACGUUGAUGGAUCACACCCAGGAUGUGUUCUUCAAUGUCUCACAGCUCAGAGUGACCUACAACGUGUACAAAGCUGUUUAUGCUAUUGCACAUGCUCUUCACCAGCUGGUGUUCUGCCGACCAGCAGGAGAAAAAAAUGUGAAGCCAUGUUUGAAUGUAUCUGAAAUUCAUCCGAAAGAGGUUACCCAUCACCUGCAAAGAGUAAACUUCAGGAACCAGUUUGGAGACGAUGUGUUUUUUGACGAGAACGGCAAUCCGCCUGCUUCCUACGACGUCAUUAACUGGCAGCUCAGAAACGGGCAGGUUGAGCAUGUGACCCUGGGUCACUUUACAUCCACUAAAAACGGAGAGUACAGACUAAGCAUAGAGGAAGACAAAAUAGUUCCCACAUCACUGUGCUCUAAUGUUUGUCCAACAGGGACGAGGAGAGCUCAAAUCAGAGGGAAACCAGUCUGUUGCUUUGAUUGCGUUCCAUGUGCAGAAGGAACAAUAGCCAACUUUACAGGUGCACUGGACUGCACAGCCUGUCCACAGGAAUACUGGUCCAAUGAGAGAAAAGAUGGAUGCAUUCCAAAGACGGUCGAGUUUCUGGCAUAUCAUGAGCCCAUGGGAGUGGCGCUCACAGUCGUGGCCUUGCUAGGCGCCUCCCUGUCUCUGCUCACGAUGAUCGUUUUUAUCCACUACAGAGAAACUCCUGUAAUAAAAGCCAGCAACUCCGAGCUGAGCUUCUUCUUGCUGCUUUCUCUCUUCCUGUGCUUUCUCUGCCCUCUCACCUUCAUCGGUAGGCCCACAGUCUGGACCUGCAUGCUGCGCCACACCGCUUUCGGAGUGACAUUCGCACUUUGCAUUUCCUGUGUCCUAGGGAAGACCAUCGUUGUCGUGACGGCGUUCAAAGUCACACACCCCAACAACAAGCCAGCAGUAGGGCAGUUUGGUCCGAUCCAGCAAAGAAUUAUUGUUUGUUCCUGCACUUUGAUUCAAGUAAUUAUCUGCACAUUGUGGCUGAAGCUAAAUCCACCGUUUCCUGACAGGAUUUUCAAAUACAGCAACAAGAAGAUCGUGCUGGAAUGCAACACGGGGUCAGAGGUCGCUUUCUAUGCAGUACUGGGAUACAUCGGGAUUCUUUCAGUGAUAUGUUUAAUCCUUGCAUUUCUAGCAAGAAAACUGCCCGAUAACUUUAACGAAGCCAAAUGUAUCACAUUCAGCAUGUUGAUAUUCUGCGCCGUCUGGAUCACUUUUAUCCCAGCGUAUGUCAGCUCUCCUGGAAAGUUCACAGUAGCUGUGGAGAUAUUUGCAAUCCUGUCAUCGGCAUUUGGUUUAUUAAUAAGCAAUUUUGCACCGAAAUGUUACAUAAUCUUGGUGAAGCCAGAGAAAAACACAAAAAAAUAUGUUAUGAGAUUAAAUGCUAGUAGAAAAUAUAGUUUGGAAAGAAAAUAUCAAAUUCACAAUGUGUUCACAAUUCCAGUGUAUGAGUAA